CAGUCCUGGUACCACUAGCCAGUCAUUCUCUCUGCACAAAGCCAAGGAUCAACAGCAGCCUCCUCCUCUCUCCCUCUCUCUCUCACACACCUCUCAGUUGCAGCUGAGCUCAGCCAGCACUAACAGAAGCUCUAAAGAAAGCAAACACACAAAGAAAAGAGGCUCAGGAUGCAGAUGAGUGUCUCCAGCAUGCCGGCAGUUACCUCCUGCCGUCACCUCCAUGCUGCCUGGAAGCUGACUUUGCCCCUACUUCUCCUGCUGCUCCAAGGCAGAGUCAUCAAAGGUGUCCCCUCUCCUUUCCAGCUGGCUCCGGACACCCCUGCCCCGGCCGAGCCCACACCGACCCAACCCACACCUCGCCCGGACCCCUGUGAAGGCCGGCCCUGUCUCAACGGGGGACUCUGCCUUGCACUCCCACCUCCGCUCAGGCUGGAGAACAGCUGGGAGUACACAUGCACCUGCAGCCAGGGGUUCACUGGACGCAACUGUGAGUUUUUCACGGACCCAUGUGCCAGCAGCCCUUGUCUCCAUGGAAACUGCAGCCGGAGCGAAGGCGGGGAGGAGGGUGAGCCGGCCUACUCCUGCGAGUGCACAGAAGGCUACGAAGGAGAGAGGUGCGAUCAGAUCUUGUUGGACCUGCCGCCCGGCGCCGACUGGGGCCCCGCCACCCCCUCUGCUCCUGAGCUGGCCACGCCGGUAACCUCCACAACAACGGCCACAACGUCGCACCAGAAACCAACCACCAUCCCAGUCACCACCACAGAGGCACCCCCCACCCUGCAGCCGUGGCAGCCCAAACCUGGGCAGAGGCUGCUGGUGGUGCAAUGGGAAGCUGACAGAGUCACUGAGGGUCUGCACUGUGUGAGUCCUGAGCUCUGUGAGCUGACAUCAGGAACACUGACUCUGUCUCUGGAGGUGCCGGAAGAAACAGCUGUGAAGGUGCUGGUGAAUGCCAAUGGAGCCCCGGUGCUGUGGCGUGUCAGUGAAGAGGGUUUUCUUCGUUCUUCUAUCCUGAACGGCACCACCGUAUGGUUUCUGCAGGCCCCGGAUGGUUUGGUGGUUCCAGACCGUUUGCUGCCCCUCGGACAGAACUACUUUCUUAGUGUGAUCCGUGUUGGCGCUCCCACAGCUCCAGAGGUCACGCUACGUCUUAACCUAACAGUAAAGGCCAGCAGCUGCGUGGAACCUGGCAGCAGCUUCAGUGAUCCUCAAUGUUCUGGGAAAGGAAAAUGCGUCACGCAGCCCUCUGAGAGCACUUUCUUCUGUGAGUGUGACGAUGGUUACACUGGAAUAUUUUGUGAAGAGCUGGAUGCCUGCCACCACCGGCCUUGUCGUAACAACGGCACCUGCACUGACGUCAGACAAGGAGGCGAGGGACAGAACUUCACCUGUACCUGCCAACCAGGUUAUGAAGGUGAGCGCUGCCAGAUGCUGGUCGACCAUUGCCUCUCCCAGCCUUGUAAGAACGGAGCCACCUGCUUCAGCAGCUUGGCUGGACCCAGGUGCUACUGCCCUGAAGGCUAUCAAGGCGCAACAUGUGAGCAGAAGGUGGACCCAUGUGCCUCCAGCCCCUGCCAUAAUAAUGGCACUUGCUAUGCCCAGGGCCCUGGGCCCCUGGGAUUUGGGUGUAGCUGUACAGCAGGCUUCACCGGCCCCACCUGUGCCCAGUUGGUGGACUUCUGCACCUUGAAUCCUUGCGCCCAUGGUGUCUGCCGCAGCGUGGGCAACAGCUACAGGUGUCUGUGUGUUCCAGGCUACCACGGCUUGUACUGUGAGGAGGAGUACAAUGAGUGUUUGUCUGCACCUUGCCAGAACUACGCCACCUGUAGGGACCUCAUUAAUGCCUACGAGUGUGUCUGCACUCCACAGUUUGAAGGCAGGCACUGCGAGAUCUACAAGGAUCCCUGUGUGAAAACACGCUGCCAGAACGGAGGCCGCUGUGAAAGCAGUGGACUUAAUGCUUCUUGUGCAUGUCCACCCGGAUAUGAAGGGGAGGAAUGUGAGGUCGACAUCAAUGAAUGUGAAAGCAACCCCUGUCACCACGGCGGCACCUGCAUCGACCAGGCAAACGGAUACACCUGCCACUGCCCGCUUGGGUGGGUCGGCCCCAACUGUGAAAUCCACUUACAGUGGAAACCAGCACACACUGAGGACAGCCUGACCAACAUGCCCCGCCAUUCGCUCUACAUCAUCAUCGGAGCUCUGUGUGUGGCGUUCGUUCUCAUGCUCAUCAUCCUUAUCGUGGGCAUCUGCCGCAUCAGCCGCAUCGAGUACCAGGGAUCAUCACGCCACGCCUACCAGGAGUUCUACAACUGUCGUAGCAUUGACAGCGAGUUCAGUAAUGCUAUUGCUUCCAUCCGCCAUGCCAGAUUUGGUAAGAAGUCACGGCCUGCCAUGUACGACGCUACCCCCAUCGCCUACGAGGACUACAGUCCAGAUGACAAACCUUUGGUCACCCUCAUUAAGACAAAGGAUUUGUAAAACUCCUUCUUAAAACAUGACAAGCUGUAUGUAAUGUGCAUACACAAAUACAAACUCACAUGUCUAUUAAAAUGAAAGCUUUUAUUAAAACAAACGUAAGAGCAAAUCACAUUUGAAUGUAAAGAAAUAAAAGAAACACACUGUAGCUAAAGAGAAACAAACCUGGAGUUUGAUACCGUGUCUAUUUUCUUGAGGAUAAGGCUUUGUAGUAGCAUACUUUGCAAUAUUUUUAAGUCACAGAUGAUAAGCAACAUUAAAAAUAAGCUGUGCUGCACAAUUAAUAGCUGAUUUUAGUUUAAACCAGACAUCUGAUCUUUAGGCGAGGUCCAACAAGUAAAUGCAGUAGAGGGCAUCAACCGCAGUCCUUUGAAGUGUUAUAGAAAUAACCACAAUUAAUGCUUUGUUUUUUUAGUUUUCUUUUUUAGUAUCCAAAAAUCCAACACCUGCAGUAGGUUGCCUUACUUUGUGCAUGCUUAAAUUUGAUGUUCUCCUUGCAACAUUGCAAAUUCUUUGUACCUAGAUGUAUCUAGAUUUUAUUUUAAACUGCCUCCCAUAUUUAUUGAAACAGCUGUUAAAGAUGUAUUAAAUGGGUUAAAAGGAAAUAAUCUUUUAUUGCAGUACUGAAACACAGACCUAUUUGUUGAAAUAAAAUAUUGAAAAUGUCAAAGAUUUCAAGGAUUCAAUUAAAUCAAUUAAGUAAAAUAUAUAGAUUUUUUUACAUUGCUGGUGGCUUCAAUCUUUGUUAAA